UCUUUCCCAACUGCACUUGCAGCUCUGUUCUCCCAGCCAUUGGCGCUCCCUCGGCCUGAAAACUGAGAUGGCACCCCAGUGUCAAAUUCGACAGGCCUUCGCUCUCCCGGAGUCUUACCUUCACCUCUCCCAGCCAUUGCGGAGGACAGAGACUGCAGGCCUUUUCUCCUCUCAUGCUGAGCACCAAAGCAGCAGCCCUGCCUGGCCACCUGCAAAGCCACAUGGAUUCUCAGUUUUUGUGUGCAGUGGGGAUGCAGCAAACCUCUGGCCGCUGGUCUUUCUGGGGUAAUGAUGCACGGGGGGGGGGUGUAAAAAACCAAGAGCAUCUGUGGGACUGACCCAUCUUUUGGUGCCCUAGUCGCACAGCUAAGCGGCUGUGAUAUGUGACCUGACAGUCACUUUGCAAAAGCAUGCAGGUGCAAGAGGAUCCUUUGCAGAAUGGCUGCUUCCAGGAUCCGGCUCCUUUGGCGAGCUGCUCUGGCCUCCGAUGAGGCGCCGCGGGCCGGGAGGCGGCGCUGCUGCCCGGCGCCCGGGCGAGGGCGGCCUCCUCCUGGGCGGGGAUGGCGGCGGAGCCCCCGGGAGCGCGCGGCUUCUACCGGGAGCUGCCCAAAGUGGUGAGGCCGGGGCGGGAGAGGGGCGCCGGGGCCAGGCCUUCCUUCCCCCCCACGGCCAGGGGCCUGCGGGGAGCGGCAGCUUCGCGGCGCGGCCCGGGGCAAGGCGAGAGCCGGGCGGUGUGGCGGCGAGGGAGAGGCCGGGGUGGAAAGGAGGCGCCGGAGAUGGCGGCAUGCCGAGAAAGAACGGGCAAGGCCCGAGAGUCGCCGGCCGCCUUCCAGGGAGCAUCUGGGGGGCGCGCCUGCCUCGCGGGCCGAGGGUCCUGGCUCAGGGGCGGGUCUCCCGGGCUGAGCGGGUCUCCCGCCUGAAAGGAGCUCUGGCGAGUCCGUGGUCCCAAUCCCUUCACUGAGCUGGGUGGUGUAAGACAGCUUCUUACACUUGCUAGCCCUCCAUUUUUUAGCCCCCCGAGGGAGUGGCCAUCACUGCAUGCAGUUAAUUCUGUAAGUGAAUGGUUUGUUCUGUAAAAAAGAAUUAUUUUUGUCUUUCAUGAACCUAUUGCCAGUCAGUUCCGAUGGAUGAUGAGAGAGAAUUUAUAUAUCCCACUGAGGAAUUUCUUCCUGUGAAGCAUCUUGAAGCUAUCCACUGUUGUUGAUCCAACCACUUCUACUUCUUGUGGCCCCCAGAAGGCUGUCAAGAGGAGAAUGCGGCCCUAAAAAAAAGUCCCCUGCUCUUGUGUUGUGUAGGCGGCCAGAAAUAAGAACUGACAGCUUAAGGUUAAGGAAGAGAGGGGACUGGGAGGGGGAAAGGGGGUGUUUUUAAAAUGUUUCUAAUGAAAUUUGGGGAGCGUUGAGCACGUAUUUGCUUCUGAAUUAGGAGCUGCAUGCCCACCUGAAUGGCUCCAUCAGUUCUGCUACCAUGAAGAAAUUGAUGGCCCAGAAACCAGACCUUCAGGUUCCUCAUGGAAUGACCAUGAUUGACAAGGGCAAGAGAAGAAGCCUGGAAGAGUGAGUAUGUCUCAAGUCUGAGCCUUAAAGGAAAGGCCUGUGCUGGAAUUUAUUAGGUGAAGCAUCUGCCUGGCUGCCUCCUCCCGCAACAGAUCCCAUUCCCACCCUCUGCACCUGUUGCUCAGAUGGAUGUGUGCUGCUCUUUAGAUGCAAGGAGAAAUCCCUGAGCCGCAACUUCGGCCUUGUGCAUGGUUGAAUGUGUUAGCAUCAGCAGCUCACCUUCAGAUGAAGCACAGACCUGAUGCUGCGUCCUCACCCCCUAAUUCCCAACCAAACUCUUUGUUUGGCACUCCUGUUCCUCCUGCGCUGCAUAAUUAACGCCUCCAUAUGCUCUUAAUUGGCAGCGUCAGGCUGUAGCAGAGAAGGGAUGAGGACCUCUGCAUCAGCAUCCAAGGGACCAGCGCUUUUGAUGCCUCUCUUCCUUGAAUGCUUUCAUCCCAGCUGGUCUUUAGAACAACUUGUAAGAGCUUGAACUUUAGGUUUGUUUCUUUGCUCCUCCCUCCCUAUCCAUUUUUCUUUUGUGCUGAGUCUUUUUAGGUUAUAAUGCUGAGGACAAGUUGUCUUCCUUUUUAUAUUUUAUAUUUAUUUAUAUUUAUAUCAUUUGUAUAUUUAAUAUUCCUUUUAUGUGUACAUUUAAUUCAGAGGUGCAUGCGUGUGGGAAGGGAUGCAUGAUAAAUGCAGAAAUCUAUUUGAAACAAAGGUGAUCUCUGGAAACGAGUUCAAAAAGCUGAUUUUGGGGGAGUGUGCCACUUUUCCCUUUGUUUUGAUGAAUGCCUAUUCAUUGCAAUUCCCUUUUCUUUCUUUAGGUGUUUUCAGAUGUUCCAGAUCAUCCAUCAGAUUACCAAUAGGACUGAAGACAUAUUAAUGGUAAGCUAACUCAAACUUAAUUUUAAUGUGUGUUCUCAUAGCAUGGAGCUUCCUGCAGACAAUGGGAAGCCGGCCAGCAUUGCAGAAGGUGGUCCCUGCUCUGCUCCGUGCUGGUUAACGUGGCGCACAGGAGCCAACUGAGCGGGUGGGGGGGAUCCAUGGGCCAGUUAAAUGAUCCCCAUGGGCUGCUUGUGGCCUAUGGGCCUUAGGUUGCCAGCCCCUGGUGUGGUGCUUCGAGUGUUGGACCAGGGUUCAAAUCUACUCAGCCAUGAAGCCUGGUGUGUGACCUUUGGCCAGUUGCUGCCUCUCAGCCUUGCGUAGCACAGGGAUGCUGGGGGGAUGAAAUGGGGUGGGGAGAACUAGCCCGACCACCGUGAGCUCUUUGGAGGAAAGAAGGUGGAAUAGAAAUGCAGUAAGUAAAUACAAAGAAUAGAAUAGAAUCAGUCUUUUGCUGCUGAUGAAAAGGAAUCAAUCACUGGCCAAGCAUGGGGUUGUUUUUUGUUUUUUAUUCUUGGUGUAUUACUUACAUAUAUCUCUGCUUUUCUUUCACCCUUCCCUUUAAGGAGCUCGGAGUGUGGCACACAGCCAUCUCUUGCCCUUCCCAGCUCAGACGUUCUCCUUGGAGCAGAGCAGGGUUAGACUCAGUGAUCAUCACUGGCCAAAGAUCACCCAGUGAGCUUACUGGCUGAACAGGAUUUGAGGCUGACUUGUGUGUGCUGUUUUGAGACUGAUGGACAGCUGAUCAUUGCAAAGAACUGAAGAAACAGAAAAAUAUUAGCAUGUAAGGUGUGGUUAAAUAAGGUUUGGCAGCUGGAGCAAUUAUUAAAAAUUGGUGAAGUGGUAGGUAGCUGAAUUCCAAUCAUUAAUAAAAAGAAUUCUUAAUGGAUGGAGUCUUUUUAGAGGCGCGGAGAUGAAUACAAACUCAUGUCUUACUAUUUCACAAUUCACAUUACAGUAUUUUUGAAGUGUUAGGGUUGUAAAUGAAUUGUAUAUGAAGCAUAACUUUUAUAUUCUAAAUUUUGCAUAUAUUUAUAUUUCAUGAUGAUAUAAGAAUUAUUUCUGAAAAAUAGAACCAGGUAUGUGAGUGAAUUUGAGAUUUGAAAUGAUGGCAGUGUGCUUUGUGAAUAUCCUUUAGGUUCAAAAUACCGCUAUAAUUUCAGGUAAUGAAAGAUGUUGUCCAGGAAUUUGCUGCUGAUGGAGUCAAGUACCUAGAGCUAAGGAGCACGCCCAGAGAUGAGCCGGCCACGGGUGACAAUUUCCCUUUCAAUUUAUAAUAGCCUGCUCUUUGCCACUAAGCACCCCCGCCCCCAAGUUCUCCUCCAAGAAGAAAUGCUCUCCCCUCACCAGGAUUUGGCGAGAGUGGAACAUCCAAAUACCUCACAACAGCCACUCCCUUCCAAGAUGGGGCAUUGCUUUCCACAGACAUACAUUCAGUGAAAUAAUUUAUUUUUCAUUUUACAGAAAACAUACUCAAGGUUGCUUGCAUUAAAAAAAACCCACUCAGCAAAACUACAAAUAAAAUAAAUUAUUAUAGAACAUCAGUUGAAAAAGGCAGCUGUGUGAGGGAGAAGUGCUCCCCCCUUCUUGAGCAAGGCAUGUUCUCCUCCCCCCCCCCACCAGCUGAGGUCAGGGGGGAGCACUUCUUGCUCCAGCUCACUUCAAGCUCCAGGUCUUGCCUUGAAGCCCCUCCCUUACCCGCUCGACAGCUGACAUCAUAAGGCGGGGGGGGAGCCCUUGGGGGCCAAAGGGGAGGCCAGGGCUGGUGGAGGUUCCCCACCUAGAUUCCUCCUCUAGGGUGAAAAGCAGUCCAUAACUAUUGGGAAUAGAUUUUAUUUAUUUCAUUUCAUUUCCCUUCUUAAUUAGGAUAGACCAGCUUUCUACAUUCCUAUACACAAGGCAGCUUACAAGCUGAAGAAACGAGACUAUACGAGAGCACACAUCUUAAUAACUAAAUGGCAUGGAGAAGUUUUUGGUGCAGUGGGCCGGACUGGACUGGGCUGGGUAUGAAUAGCCUCAUCUCGUGCCCUUUCCUGGAACCUCCUGGCUUUCAGGAUGGAGCUAAAGCCCCGCCAUUUUUUUACCCCAGUGGCUUUCUGCAGUAGUGCAACCCUGGCUUGGCAAAUGUCUGCACUUGAGUGCUGUGAAAUGAAAGCCGGGGGGGGGCGGUCAGUUGUGACCUGACCUUUAGUGAUAUAUGGAUUGGGGUAUGACUGAGGUCAAGGCAUACCAGGAAACAAAACCCUAGGGGGUGUGUGUGUGUGUGUGUGUGUGUCAAAAACACUUUAUACCUUCUGUUUGAAAGGAAUGCAGAUCUUCUCUUCAUAGGUAUGACCAAAAGGACCUAUGUGGAAGCUGUACUUGAGGGUGUAAGACAAUGCAAGGAAGAUGGCUUGGAUAUAGAUGUUAGGUAAGUUUGCAAGUGAUACACGGGUGGCGCUGUGGUCUAAACCACAGAGCCUUGGGCUUGCCGAUUGGAAGGUCAGCAGUUCGAAUCCCCAUGACAGGGUGAGCUCCCAUUGCUUGGUCCCUGCUCCUGCCCACCUAGCAGCUCAAAAGCACGUCAAGUGCAAGUAGAUAAAUAGCUACCGCUACAGCAUUUCCGUACGCUGCUCUGGUUCGCCAUAAGCGGCUUAGUCAUUCUGGUGACAUGACCUGGAAGCUGUCUGCGGACAAACGCCGUCUCCCUCAGCCUAUAGACCGAGAUGAGUGCGCAUCCUCAGAGUCGUCCGCGACUGGACCUAACGGUCAGGGGUACCUUUACCUUUACUUAAGUUUGUUAGCCAGACUCCUUUUGUUUUAAAUGCCACUGAUUCUAGUGCUGAAUCUCCAGCAAAGGAUUCCCCGAGCUUAUCUGGUGUUUGCCCUGUCUCUCUGGCCUUUUCUGCGAGAGGAGCUAAUUGCAUUCACUUGAGCAGGAAAAGAAGUUGGCUGCCGCUGUACAGUUUUCAACCUGGACCAGUCCCUACAUCACAGUCCUCAUUUGUGAGCUAAUGGUUGUUACUUCUGCAAUAAUAUGGCUAUCUAUAUUCUAGGUUUCUGUUAUCUGUGGAUAGAAGAGGAGGACAAACAGCUGCCAAGGAAACAGUCAAACUCGCCGAAGAUUUCCUGCUUUCCACAGAUGGAGUGGUGGUAGGCUUGGACCUCAGUGGAAACCCUUCAGUAAGCUUCCUUUAAAAAGAAGAAAGAAACACCUCUGCCAUCACCCAAACUAUCAUAUGUUUCUAUCAUGAUUCAAGCCAGCCUUCGUCAACCUGCUUUAAACCAUGAGUGUUGUGACCUGCCUUGGGACCUUCGGGUGAAUGGUGGGAAAUAAACAAAUAAGUGGAUGCUGGGACUGUGCUGGCUCAAGCUGAGCAGAGUAGUAAUGCAAAACAGCUGGAGGGCACCAGGUUGGUGGAGGCUGUGUUAAGGCUUCUGUUCACCUGUAUCUUAAGAACCUAAGAAGAGCCUGCAGGAUCAGGCCAAUGGCCCAUUUAGCCCAGCAUCCUGUUCUCACAGUGGCCAACCAGGUGCCUGUGCCAAACCUGCAAGCAGGAUUUGAGCACAAGACUCGCCUCCAGGAACUGGCAUUCAGAAGCAUUGCUGCCUCUUGGCUCUGGAGGCAGAGCAGAGCCCUCAUGGCCAGGAGCCCUCCAGAGCCCCCUCCUCCUCCAUGAAUUUGUCCAACCCCUUUUUUUAAAGCCACCCAAGUUCCAUAGUUUAGGGACGCGGGUGGCGCUGUGGGUUAAACCACAGAGCCUAGGACUUGCUGUUUGGAAGGUCGGCGGUUCGAAUCCCUGCAACGGGGUGAGCUCCUGUUGCUCGGUCCCUGCUUCUGCCAACCUAGCAGUUCAAAAGCAUGUCAAGUGCAAGUAGAUAAAUAGGUACCACUUUGGCGGGAGGUUAAACAGCAUUUCCGUGCACUGCUCUGGUUCGCCAGAAGCGGCUUAGUCAUGCUGGCCACAUGACACAGAAGCUGUACGCCGGCUCCCUCAGCCAAUAAAGCAAGAUGAGCGCUGCAACCCCAGAGUCGGCCGCGACUGGACCUAAUGGUCAGGGGCCCCUUUACCUUUAAUUUCCAUAGUUCAACUCUGUGCUGCUUGAAGAGGUGCUUUGUCCUGAAUCCUCCCAACAUUCGGUUUCUCUGGCUGCCCACGAGUUCUAGCGUUACGAGGGGGGGGGGGACUUUUCUCUCUCCACAUUCUCCACGACUUGCAUAAUUAUGUAAACUUCUUUCCUAAGCUAUAUUUUUGCUUUACCUUCAAGGCAGGUCAUGGCAAGGACUUUCUGGAGCCUCUCUUAGAAGCGAAAAAAGCCGGGCUGAAGCUGGCGUUGCAUCUUUCGGAGGUAACAUUCUGCUGCCGGGACUUGCUCACUGAGCAGCUUCUCAGGCUAAAUGUGGCACCAGGAUUUAUUUAUUUUAAGUGAUGUGUGUAGGGUUCCCUGCGUCACCUGGAAGGAGGUUGUCUUUGCCAUCAGCGCAGCACUGGCAGGCCACCAUGGUGCAAAGCUGCAGUGUGACAGUCCCGCCUGUGUAGGGGCCACUUGUUCAGGUUGCACUGGCCACAUGGGAACUGUGCAUGGGCAAUAAAUAAAUUAGUAGUGCCUGUAAGUGGCUUACUACAAGGCUUACAAUCUAAAAAACACAACACGCAAGGGGAAAGGGACAGGGACAGGGAGGGAAGAGGAAAAUCAGUGCGGAGGCACCAGUUUCUAAAUAGCAGUUCCUGUAUUGGCCAGCCGGCCUGGUUCAGGGAACGAGGCCCCUGAUGCAAUUAGCCCUGCUUCCUGUCUCUCCCACUGGGACAGUCUGAGGCAGGGGUCAGCAAACUUUUUCAGCAGGGGGCCGGUCCACUGUCCCUCAGACCUUGAGGGGGUGGACUAUAUUGGGGGGGGGGGUGAACGAAUUCCUAUGCCACACAAAUAACCCAGAGAUGCAUUUUAAAUAAAAGCACACAUUCUAUUCAUGUAAAAACAUGCUGAUUCCCAGACCGUCCACAUGCCGGAUUUAGAAGGCUAUUGGGCCGGAUCUGGUCCCCAGGCCUUAGUUUGCCUACCCAUGGUCUGAGGAUGUGGCUGCCCCAAGGUAACAGUGGAGGGGAGAGGAGGAGGCAAUGGAGGGAUCCUUAAUCUUUUCCCAAACCUAUAUAUUUCCUCCUUCAAGCUGGCAGCUUGAAACGGCAAGCUGGAGUACCUGUCUGUGGGUAUAUCAUCUACUUCUUGUUUGAAUAAAUUUUAUUAGAAUUUAAAGAGAGAUACAAAGUUUAUUAUCACAUAUCUUUUUUAUCCAGACUAAAACAUUACUUUAGAUAAAAACACAGAUACAAAAGAAAGGAAGAGAGAGAGAACAAAAAAAUUAAAGUUAAGAAACUAAGGAACUUACAAUUCUUCAUCUGUCAGCAAACUAUAUAAACAUUAUUCAACUCAUCCACUCCAAUAUAAUCCCCAGCAUGACUACUUUCUAUAAACCAACAUUAUCUUCAGCCUUCAAACCAAAAUGCCAUUAUUUCAUGCAAAAGGUCUAUGAGAGCUUUCCAAUCUUUAAUAACUUAACAGUGACUUUUCUCUGAUUAAGCAUGCCAAUUUUGCCCUCUCAGCUAAGUCUAAUAAGUCUUAAAGGGAAGGGUGGAAGAAAAGCAGAGAUAUAUGUAAGUAAUACACCAAGAAUAAAAAACAAAAAACAACCCCAUGCUUGGCCAGUGAUUGAUUCCUUUUCAUCAGCAGCAAAAGACUGAUUCUAUUCUAUUCUUUGUAUUUACUUACUGCAUUUCUAUUCCACCUUCUUCCCUCCAAAGAGCUCACGGUGGUCGGGCUAGUUCUCCCCACCCCAUUUCAUCCCCCCAGCAUCCCUGUGCUACGCAAGGCUGAGAGGCAGCAACUGGCCAAAGGUCACACACCAGGCUUCAUGGCUGAGUAGAUUUGAACCCUGGUCCAACACUCGAAGCACCACACCAGGGGUUGGCAACCUAAGGCCCAUAGGCCACAAGCAGCCCAUGGGGAUCAUUUAACUGGCCCAUGGAUCCCCCCCACCCGCUCAGUUGGCUCCUGUGCGCCACGUUAACCAGCACGGAGCAGAGCAGGGACCACCUUCUGCGAUGCUGGCCGGCUUCCCAUUGUCUGCAGGAAGCUCCAUGCUAUGAGAACACACAUUAAAAUUAAGUUUGAGUUAGCUUACCAUUAAUAUGUCUUCAGUCCUAUUGGUAAUCUGAUGGAUGAUCUGGAACAUCUGAAAACACCUAAAGAAAGAAAAGAGAAUUGCAAUGAAUAGGCAUUCAUCAAAACAAAGGGAAAGUGGCACACUCCCCCAAAAUCAGCUUUUUGAACUCGUUUCCAGAGUUCACCUUUGUUUCAAAUAGAUUUCUGCAUUUAUCAUGCAUCCCUUCCCACACGCAUGCACCUCUGAAUUAAAUGUACACAUAAAAGGAAUAUUAAAUAUACAAAUGAUAUAAACAUAAAUAAAUAUAAAAUAUAAAAAGGAAGACAACUUGUCCUCAGCAUUAUAACCUAAAAGACUCAGCACAAAAGAAAAAUGGAUAGGGAGGGAGGAGCAAAGAAACAAACCUAAAGUUCAAGCUCUUACAAGUUGUUCUAAAGACCAGCUGGGAUGAAAGCAUUCAAGGAAGAGAGGCAUCAAAAGCGCUGGUCCCUUGGAUGCUGAUGCAGAGGUCCUCAUCCCUUCUCUGCUACAGCCUGACGCUGCCAAUUAAGAGCAUAUGGAGGCGUUAAUUAUGCAGCGCAGGAGGAACAGGAGUGCCAAACAAAGAGUUUGGUUGGGAAUUAGGGAUGAGGACGCAGCAUCAGGUCUGUGCUUCAUCUGAAGGUGAGCUGCUGAUGCUAACACAUUCAACCAUGCACAAGGCCGAAGUUGCGGCUCAGGGAUUUCUCCUUGCAUCUAAAGAGCAGCACACAUCCAUCUGAGCAACAGGUGCAGAGGGUGGGAAUGGGAUCUGUUGCGGGAGGAGGCAGCCAGGCAGAUGCUUCACCUAAUAAAUUCCAGCACAGGCCUUUCCUUUAAGGCUCAGACUUGAGACAUACUCACUCUUCCAGGCUUCUUCUCUUGCCCUUGUCAAUCAUGGUCAUUCCAUGAGGAACCUGAAGGUCUGGUUUCUGGGCCAUCAAUUUCUUCAUGGUAGCAGAACUGAUGGAGCCAUUCAGGUGGGCAUGCAGCUCCUAAUUCAGAAGCAAAUACGUGCUCAACGCUCCCCAAAUUUCAUUAGAAACAUUUUAAAAACACCCCCUUUCCCCCUCCCAGUCCCCUCUCUUCCUUAACCUUAAGCUGUCAGUUCUUAUUUCUGGCCGCCUACACAACACAAGAGCAGGGGACUUUUUUUUAGGGCCGCAUUCUCCUCUUGACAGCCUUCUGGGGGCCACAAGAAGUAGAAGUGGUUGGAUCAACAACAGUGGAUAGCUUCAAGAUGCUUCACAGGAAGAAAUUCCUCAGUGGGAUAUAUAAAUUCUCUCUCAUCAUCCAUCGGAACUGACUGGCAAUAGGUUCAUGAAAGACAAAAAUAAUUCUUUUUUACAGAACAAACCAUUCACUUACAGAAUUAACUGCAUGCAGUGAUGGUCACUCCCUCGGGGGGCUAAAAAAUGGAGGGCUAGCAAGUGUAAGAAGCUGCCUUACACCAAGGCGGACUCUUGAUCCACCCAGCUCAGUGAAGGGAUUGGGACCACGGACUCGCCAGAGCUCCUAACUAAAUAUGACAUAAUAGGCAUCACUGAAACCUGGUGGGAUAAGUCCCACGAUUGGAAUGUAAUAAUGGAGGGAUACAAUCUAUUUCAGAGAAACAGACCAGACAAGAAAGGAGGAGGAGUGGCGUUAUAUGUCAGGGGUGUGUAUACCUGUGAAGAGAUCCAAGAUUUAGAACCUCAAAGCCAAAGUGAGAGCAUUUGGGUCAAAAUUAAGGGAGAGAAGAAUAACAGUGACCUCAUUGUGGGAGUUUACUAUAGAUCCCCAAGCCAAACGGAGGACAUAGAUGAUGCCUUCCUGGAACAGAUGGCCAAGCAUGCAAAAGGAAGGGAGAUAGUAGUAAUGGGGACUUCAAUUACCCGGAUAUUUGUUGGAUGUCAAACUCAGCCAAGAGCAUAAGGUCAAACAGAUUCCUCACUGGCCUUGCAGACAACUUCAUUGUCCAGAAAGUGGGAGAAGCAACAAGAGGAACAGCCAUUUUAGAUCUGGUCCUAACCAAUGUUGAUGACCUGGUUAGUGGGGUAGAAGUGGAAGGAUCAUUAGGCGCGAGUGAUCAUGCUCUUCUGAAGUUUACUAUACAGCGGAAAGGAGCAGCCAAGCAUACUAGGACUCAAUUUCUUGACUUUAAGAAAGCCGACUUCAUAAAACUUAGGGAAGUGCUGGGUGAGAUCCCAUGGACAGUAAUACUAAAAGGAAAGGGAGUUCAUGAUGGCUGGGAGUUUGUUAAGAGGGAGAUAGUAAAAGCACAACGUCAGGCAAUACCAAUGAGACGGAAACAUCGAAGGUGCCAAAAGAAGCCAGGGUCGCUAUCUAAAGAACUUUUAACUGAGUUAAGAUUAAAAAGGAUGUGUACAAAAAUGGAAAAGGGGGAAACCACCAAAGAGGAAUUCAAACAAAUAGCCAGCACGUGUAGACACAAAGUCAGAAAAGCUAAAGCACAGAAUGAACUCAGGCUUGCUAGAGAGGUUAAAGGCAACAAAAAAGGCUUUUAUGGGUAUGUUCGUAGCAAAAGGAAGAACAAAGAAACAGUGGGGUCACUCAGAGGAGAAGAUGGUGAAAUGCAAACAGGGGACACAGAAAGGGCUGAACUCCUCAAUGCCUUCUUUGCCUCAGUCUUCUCCGAUAAAACAAUGCCCGACCUGAAGAAUUUGGAGCAAAUGAUUCAGCAGAGGAAACACAGCCCAGAAUAACUAAGGAGAUAAUACAAGAAUACUUGGCUAGUUUAGAUGUAUUCAAGUCUCCAGGGCCAGAUGAACUGCAUCCAAGAGUAUUAAAAGAACUGGCAGAUGUGAUCUCAGAACCACUGGCAGUCAUCUUUGAGAAUUCCUGGAGAACAGGCGAAGUCCUGGCAGACUGGAGGAGGGCAAAUGUUGUCCCUAUUUUCAAAAAGGGGAAAAGAGAGGACCCAAAUAACAACCGCCCAGUCAGUCUGACAUCAAUACCAGGGAAGAUUCUGGAGCAGAUCAUUAAGCAAACAGUCUGUGAGCACCUAGAAAGGAAUGCUGUGAUCACCAAUAGUCAGCAUGGAUUUCUGAAAAAUAAGUCAUGUCAGACUAACCUGAUCUCGUUUUGUGACAGAAUUACAAGCCUGGUAGAUGAAGGGAACACAGUGGAUGUAGCCUACCUUGAUUUCAGCAAGGCAUUUGACAAGGUGCCCCAUGAUAUUCUUGUAAAGAAGCUGGUAACAUGCGGUCUUGACUAUGCUACCACUCAGUGGAUUUGUAACUGGCUGACUGACCGAACCCAAAGGGUGCUCAUCAAUGGUUCCUCUUCAUCCUGGAGAAGAGUGACUAGUGGGGUGCCACAGGGUUCUGUCUUGGGCCCGGUCUUAUUCAACAUCUUUAUCAACGACUUGGAUGAUGGACUCAAGGGCAUCCUGAUCAAAUUUGCAGAUGACACCAAACUGGUAGGGGUGGUUAACACCCCAGAGGACAGGAUCACACUUCAAAAUGACCUUGACAGAUUAGAGAACUGGGCAAAAACAAACAAGAUGAAUUUUAACAGGGAGAAAUGUAAAGUAUUGCACUUGGGCAAAAAAAUGAGAGGCACAAAUACAAGAUGGGUGACACCUGGCUUGAGAGCAAUACAUGUGAAAAGGAUCUAGGAGUCUUGGUUGACCACAAACUUGACAUGAGCCAACAGUGUGACGCGGCAGCUAAAAAAGCCAAUGCAAUUCUGGGCCUCAUCAAUAGGAGUAUAGCAUCUAGAUCAAGGGAAGUAAUAGUGCCACUGUAUUCUGCUCUGGUCAGACCUCACCUGGAGUACUGUGUCCAGUUCUGGGCACCACAGUUCAAGAAGGACACUGACAAACUGGAACGUGUCCAGAGGAGGGCAACCAAAAUGGUCAAAGGCCUGGAAACGAUGCCUUAUGAGGAACGGCUAAGGGAGCUGGGCAUGUUUAGCCUGGAGAAGAGGAGGUUAAGGGGUGAUAUGAUAGCCAUGUUCAAAUAGAUAAAAGGAUGUCACAUAGAGGAGGGAGAAAGGUUGUUUUCUGCUGCUCCAGAGAAGCGGACACGGAGCAAUGGAUCCAAACUACAAGAAAGAAGAUUCCACCUAAACAUUAGGAAGAACUUCCUGACAGUAAGAGCUGUUCGACAGUGGAAUUUGCUGCCAAGGAGUGUGGUGGAGUCUUCUUCUUUGGAGGUCUUUAAGCAGAGGCUUGACAACCAUAUGUCAGGAGUGCUCUGAUGGUGUUUCCUGCUUGGCAGGGGGUUGGACUCAAUGGCUCUUGUGGUCUCUUCCAACUCUAUGAUUCUAUGAUUCCACACUUGAUUUUGUGUUUUAAUAAAACAAACAUUUAUAUACUACAUACUGUUUCCAAAAAACCUGCAAUAGAUCUUAUGGGGCUCUUGUUUUGGUUGGUUGGUCUGGUUAUUUCAGCUCAUAGAACUUGAAAAGGUGUGCAGUGGGUGACCAAAUGCAUUGAGGGGAUGAAGGUGAGCGCAGGGGCAUCACAGCAGAGACCCAUCAGAUUAUGCACAGUGGGCAGAAGGGCAACACGGUGGGGGUUUUCUUCCUCGUGAUACUGGAACCCAAAGAGGGUCCUCCAGCAAAGCUGAAUGGUGGGUUCAGGACGGUCAAAAGACAGUGCAUAGUUAAUCUGUGUGUCUUCUCUCAGAUCCCAAACCAGGAAGAGGAGACCAGGCUUCUUCUGGGCCUGCCACCUGACAGAAUUGGACACGGUACAUUUCUUCAUUCUUCAUCAUUGGCCUCAGGGGAUCUUGUGCAGCUGGUUCGGCAAAAUCGCACACCCCUAGGUAAGGAAAGGCGUUGAAGGAAAGAUGGAGGUUCCCUGGGAUUCACUUUCCUUUGCCAUUUCACCCUUGGUUGGCAGAGCUCAACUGAGGUUAGCAAGAGAACUGUGGCUGCGGCAGCAUUUUUUCAGGCCCGGUGGAGGCCAGUCCCUGGUGAGAGGAGGGGAGGAAGGUGGCUGGUGCUGAGCACCGUUGGUCCUCUUCUUCCUUCUUCACAACAUCCACAUCAAACAUUCUGUUUCUAGCUUCACAAGGGGAUUUGGGGGCACUUCCACUGGGAAAAGCUUUUCUUUAAUGCAGGGCCAGUUUCCAUGUGGAAGCCCCCUCAAGCCAGUGCUUCCUCCCAGGAGGUUUGAGGUGGGCUGUGCCACGUGCCACUACUGACACCAUCUCAUGUUGAGUCCGCAGACACAACCAGAGUAACGCCAAGGCCUUCACACUAGGGUCUGCGUCUUUGUGUUCACUGCUAUACUUCCGCUGGAAUGAGGCUUUGCUCGUGCGAGGUGACCACGUCCGCUUUAGGGCAAGUGCUUUGGCUGGCCUUCCCAUGCUUGCUCUCCCCGUUUGACCCCUUCUGAACCAGACUUCUCUCGUCUUCCUCAGAACUCUGCCUGACGUCAAACCUCAAAAGCCAGACGGUGCCUUCUAGCGACCAACACCACUUCGGAUUCUGGUACAACCUGGGUCAUCCCAUCGUGCUUUGCGUAAGGCACUCUGCGUUAUCCAGACACACAAAGAUGUCAGCGUGGAGAACCUCUUCAAAAACAAUAGGGAAGGCAUGUCCAAAGUCUGUCUCGGGGGCCUAAUCCGGCCCCUGUGGCAGUUUAUUUCCUGGGGUAAAAAAACCUCAACAACUUCAAUCCUAAAUAAAGCUCAAGGCCCUUCACUUCAUCAAAUCUGGCCCUCUUUGAAAAAAAGUUUGGACACCACUGCAUAGGGAGGAGGCCCCCCCAUUGACAUGUUGUAAUAGCCUUGCCAGAUCAGGAGGAGCCAUCUGUUGCAGCAUUCUGAUUUCCCACAAUAGCCAAUCAAAUGAUAUUUAUUUAUUACACGUUUCCUCUCCAAUAAGCUCAAGGUGGCAUCCUCAUUUUUACUCCGCACAACAACCCUGUGAGUUAGGCUAGGCUGAAAGGCCCAAGGUCACCCAGUGCGCUUCAUGGCCGAGCGGGGAUUCGAACCCUGGUCUCCCAGGUCCUAGCCCAAGACUCCAACCUUUACACCAUGCUACCUCCAGGAAGUCCAUGAACAGCCUUCCCUCUACUUUGUAUCUAGCAAGCAGCAUUCCCAGGUCUGCUGCCCCUGGGCAUGGAAGUUCUGCUUCCCCUUGUGGUGGAUGGCUGCUGGUUGAGCCAUCUCAUCAUGGCCUUUCUGGCACCUCCCACACCCCACGCCCUUCCGGCCUCACAAGCGACAGCCCUCAGCAGGGACAUCAGGAACAGAAAGUUUAUAUAAAAAGUAUUUUUGGAAGGCAGUCUACAUUGUUGGCUAGGAAAAUAUUCUGUGAUGCAGUCCUUUAAGUGCCCAAAGCCUAUAAAAUUAACCCUUUUACCAUUUUCUUUUACUGCCAGACGGACGACAAGGGGGUUUUUGCGACUGACCUGAGCCAGGAGUACCAGCUGCUUGCGGACACAUUCCAACUGUCCAAAGCACAGAUCUGGGAAAUCUCCUACAAUGCCAUCAACUGCAUUUUUGCUUCCAGUCAUACAAAGACGAAACUGAAGGAGCAGUGGCAUCAACUGAAAGCAUCUGUGCUUGAAUAGCCAUAUCAGACCACCAACAACUAUGGCACUCACGCUGCAUGCGCAGAGUGUUUUCUUUUUUUAAAAAAACGUAUUUUUUAUUAAAGAUUUCUUGAUUUACAAAA